CUCGAGUCUCUCAUCGAAUGGGGGAUUGUGAUCUGCCUUUAUGUUGAACGACACGUGGAUGCGAAAAUGACCCCUAGUCUGAUUCUCGCUCUAGCAGCAUCCUUCUUCAUUGUGCCGCUUGUCGUCCUACACAGUUUUCUUGCCUGGCAGUACAACAAAGUAGCACGGUUUACAAGCCAAAAGGCCAUGCUGCGGAUUGUUUGUAGCUGUGUGUUAGGGGUUGCAAUUGUCAUCUCGAUAGCCGCCGGUGCUACAGGCCUGGUGGUUAUUUCGCAACAUCUACUGUGUCUUGCCGAGGAAGGCAACGACAGCUUCUGGAAGACGGGCGUCAGCUGUACACUUUAUCGUGCAUCCAUCAUAGAUUCGAUUGUUUCAGUCAUAACGUUGUUUCUCUUCUUUGGCUUCAGACAACUCUGCGGACGCCCUUAUGAUGUCUCAUUAAUGGGCAUGUAUACACGCCAGCCUUCAUUUUCAAUCUGCGAUGACAGCAUUCUCAGCAGCUGGAGCACGGAAAGUGACAACAGCCUAAAGAAUGACAUCUACUAUGUGUGUCGGCGUCCCGACAUCACAUAUGGCCGAGGGCUCUAUAUGUCAUCAAGUGAUAACACCAUCCCAAUGUCCACAAGCAUUGAAUACCCGAACAUUGUCCACCACAAAUCCCACCGAGGGUUCGAGGCUGAAUAUGACUCGGACACAACGGAUAUGCUAUCGGGUACCACCCUUUCACCGCAGGAAACUUCUACAAGGAAGUUGCCGGUCGUGAUGACUAGCUCGGAUCUUCUUUCGUGCGUUUCGCGCACGCCCACCGCGGCGACAUUUAGCUCUUAUGGUGACCAUUCUAAGCAAAUGGCUCCGAUAGAGUUACCAGGGGCAUCGCCUUUCACUUCCGGACACAAACGACAAAAAUCCUCCGCGUCGUCUUUGCGACGGCUGCUGCCCAAGUUAUUUUUACAACCAUUGUCAGCAGACCCUCAAAUACGUGCCCUUGCCGACUCGACGACUGAAGCAGAUGUCGAAAAAGGAGCCUUAGUGGCUGAACGCCCACCAACCCCGAAGAAAGAGUAUGCUCCUGGGCAUCCACUGGCUUCAGCUCCUGUGGAAAAACCUUUGCCAGCCAUUACAGCCGAAGCUCUCACAUUCGAAGCAAAUCAGCUGCGAGCAAGAGCCCUCACACGAUCUGUGACCAUGAAUUCAGCCGAUGCACCCGAAGUCCUCGUGCCGGAACCCUUGAAUGUACGCCGGUCCAACACUGCGCAUACGGCUCCUGUUCCCAGGAGCGCAUAUAUACCGUACCAGGGAGCUUUCACCGCAACCCCUCCGCUCCCGGCAGCGCGCCCGAGCCUUGCCCAGGCCUCUAGCUACAGAGGUGUACCGAUUGAUCGUGAGGUGGCCAGCCGGCAGAAUUCCAGGCGCAGCAACCGACGACAGAGUCAGGUGUAUCAGUUUGAAUCCUCCCAAAUUCCGCGGCAUACUCAAAGCCAGCACCAGCCUCAUCACAAUCACUACGGUCGUCGAUGGUAUCAGGAGCACAACCGCCGCAUGUCUUCAUCAACCCGUGGAAACGACGCUGAACUGACAUACUCAAACCUGCGUCGUCCCCGCAGCAACACAUAUGGCGGUCUCGCCUCCGCGCCUAGCAGACUAGACAGUAUCCGCGAAACGGGCACAUCUGUUGACGAAGCCCCGGAGAGCUACCUGUCUGAGGCGAAUGCGUAUCGCGAUACAACUCGAACGAACAGUGUCAGUGGACACUAGAGCCUGCGGGUCAGGCUGUUCAUUCUCAUCAAAGAGCUACCGUCUCCCUAAUCUUCGAUUCUCAAUAUACAUUUUGUAUCAACCGGUCUUUCC